ACUAUUGGCGCGAAACCGUACCUGUUGUUGUGUGUCUUUUUAAACCCUGUCCCUGUCGCAUUGUUCUUGCCGUCGUUUUAUUUUGCAAUUGAGACGAAAAAUAUUCAAUAAGAAUGGCGUCUUUUGAUUCUAAGUUAGUUAACUUAAUGGCAAAUAAGUUAGGAAUCGAUAAUGAUAAUGUCAUUAAAAGAGCAAGCGAAUUUUUACGCCUUCUUCAGCUUCGUGUCAAUGGAUCUAGCGGGGUAAAGCUCAUUAAUGAUACUGGUCGAGUGGUCAUAUGCCUUGAUGUAUCAGCUAAAAUGCUUGGCCACCCUUUCAAUAAGGCCAACUUACUGCGUCUUGCUGGUCUGAAUAAAAAACAAUAUGCCAGCAGCGUAAAUCUUAUAGAAAACCUGUUGGAUUUGGCGAAACCUAUUGAUGUUAAUACACUCUGUGUUCAACUUGGUGUUAGCGAGGUAGCUUCUACGGCCCAGAAGAUGCUUAACAGAUAUGCUGAAAUUCAAUCUCAAGGACCGAAUGGUGGGAGAACUGUUGACCUAAAUUUGCCAGUUUACCACUGUGUUUCAGUUUUGAUGGCUUGCAAGUACAACAAAGUUAAGGUAGAUAGACCAAAGCUAGUUGAAGCGUCACGAGUCAAGAAAGUCCAAUUUGACAAAUUGGUGGAGGACUUCUCACCAGUGCUUGAAAGUUUAGGAACCAGAGAAAACAAAAAGACUGCAACCAAAAGAUCUCACAAACUCAUUGAUCUAGUUUCUAAAAUUGAUGAAGACUUAGAAUGCAAUGUGUCAGAGCUUCCUGAAAAAGUUAAAGACACAAGCGACCCGGACAAUGAAGAUUUUGAAACAUGGAAGAAAAGAAUAUUGUUUGAAGCAGGAGACGAUGAAUAGUUCAUAAAAUUUCUUUAAUUUGCGGAACGACCUAGCAAGGAUGAUAGGAGUUUUAAGAAAACUGUCUUACAACCCGGGUCUUGGCCCUAUUUAUUACGUUAGCUGAUCAGCUUACUCUGGGAUGCUGGGAUGCCAAGGUGGGUGGUAUGUAUUAGGGAAGCACUGUAAUUUCAUUUGUUGAGACUGUCACAAACAAUGAGACAGAGCUUGAGUUACUCUCUGAUUCCAGCUGUGGAAAGGAUAAAU